AUGAAUACAUAUUACUCAUUGGCAACUUCAAAGAAUUACAGUAAAGAAGGCCACAAGACGAACUGCAGGAAGGGAUUGUUAUUAGAAAAGGCAUCGUCAUUUCAAGGAAGAAGUGGCGGCGCGGUGGUGGAAGGGAUGCUGCCGCGGCCAAGAAAGGUACCGGACUUGGUGGCAGGGAAGAGAGUAAGAGCAUGGUUGUCGGAUGUAGUGGUGGUGAAAGAAAGGCCUAAGCUUACGAAAUUGUUGCUAAAUGUGAUAAUACAUAGAAGCAUUGGCGCUGUUCAGGUGGUGAUGCCACCGGAGGCCACGGUGGAGGAUUUGAUUGUGGUGGCGCUGAGGCAGUAUACCAAAGAGGGAAGGCGCACUACAACAAAAAUGACUUUUUGCAACAUGUAA